AUGAACCAGAUCCAGGCUCACCCAGUCAGAGCAGCAGGACACAAGGCUACAACGUGGAUCCAAGGUCCACCAGAAGACAGGGACAGGGCCAGGGAUGGAGACAGGCACACCAACAGCAUAGCCCAGGCAAGGUCUGGGAGCCCAGGCUUGAACCACCUGGAGCUCCUGGGCCAUGGGCAGAGGGUAAGCAAAGUAUUAGGCAGUUGUGUACUUUUCCCUGAUGCAGCUAGUAAGAAAGGACACAUAUUUCAAGGGUUUGAUGACCUACAUGCUUGUGCUGAUCCUGGAGCUCCUGAACAUGGAUACAAGACACCCAGUGCAGGUGUUUUCUUUGAAAGUGUGGUGGUCCGGUUUCAUUGUCAAGAAGGAUACAGACUUAAUGGUACUUCAAAAAAACUUUGUGUGAGACACUUUAAUGGCUCCCUGAGCUGGAAACCAAGUGAUAAACCUGUGUGCCUACAAGAAGUCACAGAUUGCCUUGUUCCACAUGUUGAAGAUGCAGAGAUUCAUAACAAGACAUACAGGACUGGCGAUAAGUUAAUAAUCAGCUGUCAUGAAGGAUUCCAGAUCCGUUACCCUGACUUAGACAACAUGGUUUCAAUAUGUCAAGACGAUGGAACAUGGGAUAAUCUGCCCAUUUGUCAAGGUUGCCUGAGGCCAUUGGUUCUUCCUCAUAGUUACAUUAACAUAUCUGAGUUCGAGUCCUCCUUCCCCGUAGGAACAGUGGUGUAUUAUCAAUGCUUUCCUGGAUAUAAACUAGAAGGGGCAGAGUUCCUUGAGUGCAUGUAUAACCUUAUCUGGUCAGAUAGCCCACCUAGGUGCCUUGACGUGGAAGUUUGUCCACUACCUCCAAUGGUGAGUCAUGGAGACUACAUCUGCCACCCACGGCCUUGUGAGCGAUACAACCAUGGGACGGUGGUGGAGUUUUACUGUGAUCCUGGUUACACCCUCACCAAUGACUACAAGUAUAUCACCUGCCAGUACGGAGAGUGGUUCCCCUCCUACCAAGUAUACUGUGUCAAAACAGAACAAACCUGGCCAAAUACACAGGAGACCCUCCUGACUACGUGGAAAAUAGUGGCAUUUACUGCUACCAGCGUUUUAUUAGUACUGCUACUGGUUAUUUUAGCCAGGAUGUUCCAGACCAAAUUUAAGACACAUUUCCUUCCAAGAGGCAACCAGGAGGGCUCCAUGGGUGACCCCGACUUUGUGGUGGUGGAUGGCGUUCCUGUCAUGCUGCCUUCCUACGAUGAAGCUGUAAGCAGCGGCUUGAAUGCUCUGGCACCCGGAUACACAGACCAGGGGCAUAUUUUGCAGACAGAAGAUCAGAAUCCUCCUGCUUACCCUGGCCCCAGGAUUACAGACACACUGCCUAGCGAAUUUGAGUCCUGUGACAGUAGGUCAGGCUCCUCUGAACAGCUCCAAAGUUUGCACCCGUCCCCAGCGUGCCAAGCGGCAGCGCUUCCUGGAGCAGAUCGAACUGACGUACCCCGUAGCACUGCUGGGGAGGCAGCGUCCACGAGUCCGCGGAUCGAUAUUGCAGAUGAGAUUCCUUUGAUGGAAGAAGACCCUUAGCCUGCACAGAGAUGUGUCUUCGUCAGAUUGCACUGUUGGGUGACAUGAAUCAUGAGGAUUUAGAGAUAGAAAAGACUAUCUGUGGAUUUGGGGAGGGUAUUUUCCUACUUAUCAAUCUUCCACGCGAUGAUGUCACCAGAUUGGGUGUACAUCUUAAUCCUCAGCAGGGAUAACAGCAUCAGCAUUUGGAACAGCAGUAGUUUUAUGAAUGAAUCCUGGGGAUUUGAUGAGAGCAGAUGUAGAAAAAGAACUGUGGCUUUUUAGAAAUGAAAUGUAUAUCUGCAUCGCAGAAAGUCAUAUGGUUCUGUAAGAAAUGCUAUUGGAUUUUGAUACUAACUGCCUCAAAAGCAUGUCCAAGUAUGUAAAUUUGCUUAUAAAGAAAGACUGCUUUAAAUGAUCUACAAACCUCUAGUUUAUGAAGAAUCCUUACAAGUUUAAAAAAAUACUAGUACUGAAACAUGAAAAAGAGGAAAGGUCCUCUUUGGCUUUCCUAUGGUAACCAGGAAGCAUUUGAUUUAGUUGUCGGUGAUUUUGUUUCAGACCAUGUCUGCAGAAAAUAUAAAAGAAAUGAUGGGAUUCGUAUAUACUUUGAUGUAUGAUAGCAAAUAUAUAUAAAUAUAUAUAUAUUUAAAAACUCUUAAAGAGAAAGAAAAGGAAAGACUCCCAGGUCACCUAAUGAUCUGGAGAUUUUUUUAAAGGUAAGGCAGAAUUUAUAUCAUAUACAGUAUUCAAGGUAAAGUAUCAAUAUUUGUAUUUAUGCAAGACUUCUGUGACUACAUUGCAUUUGAUAAAUCCUGCUACAAUAUGAGAGAUCUAGAGAAUGUUAAAAUUAUGAAAAAUGUGCUUAAGAAAUGUUGAACUGCCCUGCUUCAACCUUUCUUAAGCUCUUACAAACGUAUAUAUACUAGAGUAAUCUACAGUCAUAGCCCAGAGCACUGCCUUGUCCCUGUACGUUGUGGUAGUAUUCUGAGCCAUUAUUGUAGAAUACUUUUUAAAAAAUAAUAAAGUCCAGUUUCAGUUCUUUUGA